AGCAUACAGAAGCUUUGUGGUGAGGUACAGUAGUUAGCUGUCGUCCAGAUCAACAAGCCACUAUUUUGGAAGCAGUUUGAUAAACACUGACUGUUCCUCAGUUUGUCAGUCGCUAUCUGCGUUUCCAGCGAGACGUGUCACGCGUGAUUAGCGAUAAACCAGCACAAAACUAGCCAGCCACACAGCCCAGAACCGCACAGGUUGGAUCACAUCGUCGGGUUUUAACUUUAAGACAGCUAGCUCGCUUUUCUAUCCAUUUCACACCAGGCAAGUCUGUGACAGCAAAAAAAAAAGCCAACGUUCUUUUUGUUUUUACUGGCUGAAUAUUUAACAACCGAGCUACUUUAACAACUUUAACUUCAUAUCGUUCAUUUGGCAACUUGUCACGAGCGGUAACGUCAGCCAACUUCAUUUUUUUAUUUUUGUUUUUGCCAAACAGAACCACACUCGGCUUAUUUGUGUAUGUCAAACAACCCCUGGUUUUGUUUUUGUCGAAGAACUACAAAGAAAACCAACCGACAUUUAACGUAGCGAACAGUUCGCUUCAUAACGAGGGCAAAGUGUUAGCGUCAGCCCCGAGCAGCCCGCUAACCCUGAACGCUACCUGAACCAUUGAGCAAGCAUCAAGGAGGAGACCAGUUGGGCUUUUAAACCUGCUUGGUGCUGUAUUCACGACCUUUAACUUUUAAAUAGCCCAUUUGACACGCUGCAGGAGGAACUCUUUAACGUUACCUCUCGCCUUUUUAAAAUAAUAACUGAGAGAGCAGCAAGCCAGCUGAGUGUGAGCAGGAGAGCCGGUGGUAGGAGCUGAAGCAGGUUGUGUACAUCCACGGAAUCCCUCAUCGGAUUGUUAUAUUAUCAGCGUUAUUGUUGAAAAUGGCGGCGAUCGGACUGGUGCAGAUGUUGAUCGAAGCAGCCGAGUUCCUUGAUCGCAGGGAAAGAGAAGCUGAACAUGGCUAUGCCUCCAUGCCACCCUUCAUCAGCAGCCGGGAGAGGGAAAGCUUGAAAAGGAAAAGCAAGAGCAAGAAAAACACAAGUAGCAGGUCUACGCACAAUGAAAUGGAGAAGAACAGACGGGCACAUCUACGGCUGUGUUUAGAGCGCUUGAAAUCCCUUGUUCCCUUGGGACCAGAUGCUAACAGGCACACCACCCUCAGCCUGCUGAUGAAGGCCAAAGAUCAUAUCAAGCACGACUGACCAAGUCUGAGGCCCCUCCUCCAGCCAGGCCUCUGCGGACUACCUGUCCCCGCGGUGACUUCCAUUCAGACUGCAGCACCUCCGAGACGGCCGCACACAUCCAGCACAUCAUCAGCGGUCAGUCUUUAGGGUGUCACCCGUUCUGCUUUACACCAAUCAAACGAGGAAUUCAAAGACACUCCAACCCUCCGUCCGUCCAUCCGUCCGUCAGAAACACAACUUUCAGCCAGAGAAUGUUACCACACAAUAUCCCACUGCCUCUUUUUCUAUGCCUCAAGAGCCAUGGGAAGCACUUAUGAGAUUUCACCCUUACUUCACACACACCUAAACACACACACACACACACACACACACACACACACCUUUCCAUCGCACCUAGUUGUCCAGUGAGACAGUGAGAGUCAUCAAAUGGCGUGAAACUGACAUGAUGUGGGGCUUUUUUUGGGGCCCUGAACACCAGUCAACCAUCUGUGCAUGGUGUUUUGCACUUAUAAUUGCUUUUGUAAACAAAAAUGUUGUCUCUUAAAAACAUAAAGCCCCCCCCCCUCACUACAGCUGUUCCACUAAGUGAGCGUUUGAAAACCAGUGUCAGUCGUUCUGCCCGUGCUAAAGUAGGCUGUGUGGUGUUAAACCGCGGGGCUGACAGCAACACGUCCCGUAGUACCCGGGCUUUGGCAGGCAGGCUCGUAAGUACCCUGUAAUUUUCUGUCCACACCUGCCGUCCAGAGGGAAAAGUGACACAAAAAGAACAAAAAUAAUUGUGCAGCAUGAGAUUGUGAAGGGGCUGUGGGAUAUGGAAGGGUUUUGGGGGUGGGUUUGAUGUUUUCUGCCUCUCUCUGACGACGGUGGCGUUUUUACAGCAUCCUUUUAUCAUAAUGUGUGUAUGUCACGUCUGAGCCUGGCGACAACAAGGGGUCACUAGCAGGUUUGGAAACUUUUAACACCAGCCACCAGGCCGAAUGCUGGUUUAUUUUUGGCAGGUGCUGGUACAUGUUUGUACUCUACUUCUUCACUGCCCCGUUCACCAGGUAUUAACAGGAAGGGAAGAACCGAUCUACUGAGAGCAGUCGAGAGACUGGAGCACAUUCCAUUAUGUAGAGAGGACAGGCAGGUGAGACAGAGCAUUAUUUUUUGGAAGUGGAUGUUCCUGCCAAUUGUUUAUAUAGGGAGAGUCCAGUUUGAGACGACAGAACGACUGGCUUUAACUUUUCAGUGGGAACACGUGGAGAAAGGCCUGAACCUUUCCCUCUGUUCACAUGUGAAAAGCACUAAAAUAUUUGCCUUGCCUUCAUAGCUAUUUUUUGUGUCUGCAAAAAUGUACACGUUUUAAUGUAAAUAGUUUAUAGAAAGAUCUCUAUGUCUAUCAACAAAUGUAUUUAUUAGAUACAGUAUACUAAAUAUAUAGAUGAAUAUAUACAAAUAUAUUUAAUUAGUCAUAGCCUAUGUUCUUCUUGUGAGGUUUAUUGAGAGUUUCCUAUGUGUAGUUUGUUUGCACAGCCUAGUCAAUCCAUAGAAUAUUUAGAGACGUCUCUUUGUGCCUCGAGGCUUUGGUGUCUGUUCAGAAUUUGGCACGGUGCUCAUAGAAAUGAAAUGUUUUCUUUGUGGUUUAUCAUUACUUUUUUAGCUGUUUUCAAAACCAGCUUGCCCUUUUUAAAAGGGAGAUAAAAGGACAAAAAAAUCUGAAUAAUUUCUUUAAAAAAAUGUGUAUUAAAAAGUAUAAAAGUGAGAGGAGCUGGUGGUCAGGUUGAGGGUGGUCAGGAUUCCUCUGGCGGAGCUGUGUUUGCCCGUUUGGCCCGCCCAUCUCCGUGCCUAGGAGCCUCAAACAAAAUGGCUGCUCCGCCUGGUGCAGCCCUUUGUUUUUGGUCCCAAAUGAUCACGGGCAGGGGAGAGGAUUGCAGCUUUUUGAAUGUACAGUGUCCUCCACCCUGCAGUGUGGCAGCACAGCGCCAAAGGAACCUUCCUGCUCCUGCACCCACCACUUGCAACUCUCUGUUAAAGCAUGAAGAUGAGUCAGAAAAAAAGAUAUAGGAUUGUUUAGUGUUUGAGUGUGGAAUGCUGCUUUUUAUUUGUCAUAUUGAAACCCUUUCAAACGGAGAGGAACUGUGUAGCCACGCUAUAAGCGGGGGACUAAAGGGGAAAUGUAUUGAAAAGUAGGUGUGAGCGGGCAGGUGUGUUCACUGAAAUGCCAUCUGUUGGUGCGUACGUGUGUAAACUGUGUGUGUGUGCGUGUGUGUUUAUUUCGUCACUGUCUUCAGAGAGAAUUUUUUUGGGGUGGUAGUGGGUGGGUGGUUUCAAACAAAAAAAAAAUGUAAGGCUAUGUUUCUGUUCUGGAUUUCUGUUCAUUUGUUUACUAGUAAAAUGCAAAAAAAGUCCACUUGACAAAGACUUCAUGUAUAAACCUAAGCAUUAAUGUCUCUAUGGGAGUCCUGUUUCCUCUCCAUCCAUGCCCUGUUGUCUGUCUUCCGCCAAUCGACACGUGUGCGUGUGUGUUUCAUACAUCCAUGUGUGAGCGUGACUCCCUUCUCCACAUGCUGCGUUGGCAUCCGCGGUGCAGGUGAGGCAGGGGGGCGUGUGGUGGAGCAGCCUAUGUGUCAGUGAUCACAUGCAACUAUUGCCCCACCCACCCCACCCUUCCUCCCCUCUAAAAAAGACCCUGGUGCUCUUAGCAUCUGCCUUAAGAAGCAGUUGUGGAAUCUCUCAAAGAACAAGACUACAGUCAGACCAGUUGUUUAAGCUACAGGUUUCAGCAUCAGGGGAAUCUUCAUGUUCAUGUGUAUUUGGUUUUUUGCACAUUUUGUCCCUGCAUACAAAGAAGUGGCUGAUAAUGCCUUAAACAGAAAACACAUGUACAACCUAACAGACGUAUAUGAUAUGUAUGAGUGUAUAUGAUGUAUCGACAUGUAUCACAAAGGCCAUUCCUUUCCAUUGUGACGGUCUCAGGCGUGGUGCUUUCAUGCAUUACACAAUAAACACACAGACACACACCGCGUCAUAGCUCCAUGAACAUCGUUGUCGCCUGCCACCUUUCUCCUCAGAAAGGCCACAUGUCUGUUUAUUGAACAAUAACCUAAAGGAGGGUGUUUUGUGCACUUACUUUUUAAGAAUUGGAUUAUUUGGACACUCUCUUCUAAAGAAAUCACUUCAAAUGUGUGGGGGGAAAAACCUUUGAAAAUGAAUUGUGGAGCAGCAAUUUAUAUUUGCCAUUGAUAUUAAAGGAAUAAAACAUUUGAAACCCUUGUUUACCUACCUA